CACAAACAUUUGAAAAUGUUUAAUUCAUGUGUGGGUUUUAUUUUGAAAGCACUCCGGAAACACCGGAAAACGAUCCUCAGUAAAUCUGUGCCGAACUUUAUUUUGAAAGCAAUCCGGAAAUACCGGAAAAGGAUCAGGUGGAGGGCGGAUUCAGCAAAUCUUGGCCGAACUGAAGUCUGCGGAGGACAGGUACUGAACAGAGAGAUGUGGUGGCUCCUGGGGGUGCUUGCUGGCUUGCUGGUUCUCUUCUGCUCCCUGGAUGUGUGGUACUUCCUGCGGGUGGCGGCGGUGGCCGUGUGGGCCUGGUUCCAGCCCCCAGUGUGGGACGUCACAGCCGAGCAAGUCCUGAAGGGCAGGGUCACUCCCCACGACAUCGACAUGUGCCACAUGAACAACGCCCGCUACCUGCGGGAAUGCGACUUUGCCCGGAUCGCUCUCUACGUUCGUAACGGCGUGUUCAAGGCCCUCCGAGCUCUCAAAGCUUCGAUGGUGGUGGGCGCCACCACCAUCCGGUACCGCAGAGCUCUGUGCAUAGCGGAGGGCUACGAGCUGCGUAGUCGUAUUGUGACCUGGGACGACAAAGCCUUUUUCCUGGAGCAACAGUUUGUGUCGUCCAAAGACGGGUUCGUGUGCGCCGUCAUGUACUGCAAGCAGAGCGUGAUCCGCAGUAGCCCGGACAAGAUCAUGCAGCAUCUGUGCAAACGGAAGGUGGAGUGUCCAGAGUUUCCAGAGGACCUGAAGCACUGGGUCAACUUCAUAUCUGCCAGCAGCCAGGCCCUCCGAGCGGAGAGUGGCCACGACGACAAAAACAAAUGAUCGGUCUUUAAGUCUUCAGGGAAAAACGUCUACCUUCUCCUCCGUAGGACUCGACUUUAACCACUGUGCCUCCAUUUUGCACUGAAAGAUAAGCUUUUCUUUGGUUCACAGGAGGAACUACAGAUGUAGUAGUUUCAGAAAAUGUUUCUAACUUUUUAAGUCCUCUUGAAUCUGUUUCUUCAUUUAGUUUGUUUACAUCAAUAAGAACAAGCCGUCUAACUCCAAUCUCACGUGAAUUCAGACCUAUUUCCAACAUGUAAACAGUAUAAAGGAGGGUGACAAUGUAAAAUAAAUGUUGAAAACAAGAGUAGCAAUUGUAGAAAAUGUAGUGGAAUUGGUUUGCUGUCUAAAACUCGGCGUGUUUACUAUUCACAACACCUAAAAAUCCUGGACAACCACGCCCACUGCCUCUUUUUUUAGGUGUUUCAGUCAUUCGCCUUUGCAGAAUAUGAGCUGUGCUGUGUUUUUGGACCCACUGAGUUGAUCGAGUGAAGUGAUCCGGGAUUCUUGUCGUUUUAUGCUGCUUCUAUGACAGAAUCAUGGGAAAUGUAGCUUAAACUGAUGAGUGUAAUUACAUUUCUUAUGCAGCUGUAGAAUGUUUCCAUCAACUAAGACUACUGAAUCAGUAACUCUACUUUUAGUGUGGUUACUGUGGAUGAGACUCAUGAUAAAGCUGCAGCAGAUGUCUUCCUUUGCUGCGUCAAAGAGAUCUGCUGUUUUUUUCUCUGUUUUUCCCGCAGGCUGGAUGUCUUCUCUGCAGGAUUUCUACAUUGAAAUAAGUGUUGAAAAACAUAAUAAUCUGCUGCAACAAGUCCAACUACUCCUAAAGCCAAUAAGUACAUUUUGGGCAUGUUGCACAAAUGAAAAUUGGUCUUGGAAAAUGUGUGGAAAAUGUUGUAUGUGUAUAAAUUCAAAGCAAAACUCAAAGAACACGUAAAUUAACGAAGGACAUGAACUGUGCGUGAUUAUUGCGAUGUUUAUAUGCAAUUCAUUAGAGCCUCAAUUGCGUAAUUUUACCAUGGCAUGUGCGCUAAGCGAUAAAAGUUAUACGUCUGUGGUACAUGCAGAUGCAUGUUGAUGAUUUGCUGAAAUUUUUUGCUACAGCUCUCCACAAAUUAACCAAAAUGCAUAAAAAAUUAGAUCCGAAAUUAGACCCGAAAAGCUUCACAUCUAAACUGAUCACAAUUCUAACAAAAACACAAAGUGGUUUCCAUUUCAUUUUUAAUUUAAACAGGAUAAAUAAAAUCUGAUAAAUAGUUUUCAGGACAUCAAACUGAAUAACAGAUGGAAAAUAAAUAAAUAAACACAC